GGCUGUCACUAGCAUAUUCUUUCUGAUACUAUUGACAGCAAUGACUACUUGACCUAGCUCUCCUGACCCAACAGGCUGUACGGGAGUACAAUGGCCAUCGGAGUACCUCGCGGUCAACAUGCAUUGUCAGUCAGUGCCAUAUUCACCUCUCUGGCCACCGUGCUCACAGUAGUACGCAUCUACACUCGAGCAUUUAUGGUGAAACAGAUGGGAGCAGAUGACUGGACAAUUAUCAUAUCUCUCGCGUUCAGUUGGGCCUUUUUUGGUCUCUUUGUUGGAGAAACUGCCUAUCUUAUGGGUGAACAUAUUGACCGAAUUCCGCCGGAAACAUUGACAAAGCAAAUGAUCUGUUUUUGGGCUUCAGUCCCCAUUUACCAAGCCAGCCUCAUCACCACGAAAGCAUCGAUCCUUUUACAGUAUAAGCGUGUUUUCUCCACUCCUCGCAUGCGCUUGACAUGCUACUGCUUAAUCGGAUUCCUCGGCAUCUGGGGAACAUGGACAUUCGUUAGCGCAUGGCUCAACUGUAUCCCAGUGGCAAAAUUCUGGAACGACAGCCUUGAAGGGCACUGUCUGAACAAAAAGGCUUUAUGGUUCUCUAAUUCCGGAAUUCAUAUCUUCACCGACAUCGUCCUUCUGGUCUUUCCCAUGCCGGUACUCAAGAGUCUCCAGCUACCCCGGCGACAGAAACUUGCUCUCAUGGCAGUCUUCGCCCUUGGUGCUUUUGUGCUAGUUACCAGUAUUCUUCGCCUACAGAGUCUUCUGGUUAUCUCAGACUCGAAAGACCCAACCUACGACAACCCAGGCGCAGCCACUUGGUCUGCAAUUGAAUGCAAUGUCGCCAUCAUUUGCGCCUGUCUCCCUGCGACACGCGCGCUCAUUUCCAAAAUCAUACCCCGAAUCUUCUCCACCGGUAAAAGCAAGAACACCACGAAUCCCUAUCUCAACCAAGGCACCCGCUCUCGAAACACGAAUCUCCCCGGAUUCCAGGCGUCCGUGGCUGCAGGAAGCAGGAACGAUCCGUCAGACUAUCAUAUGAGUACGUUCGGCAAACGCAUUGAAUCCGACGAGGCUAUUUCCUCCUCCCCGCCGACUGAAAUUAAGGUCACGACAAAGAUAUCGCAAGAAUCAGUGUUACACCAACCUGAUGAUUGUUCAAGUAUGAAAGGCUUAAUCAAGGACUAAAUCAUACUUUCUUUUUCCCUUUCUUUUUUCUUCUUCUUCCAUCUCUCCUUUUUUUUAAGCGACAGGAAACGGCUCUCUUUUCACCUUGCCCCGGGUUCCGAUAUCCUUUGCUUUGGCCUCUUCUGGCCUUAUAUACCACUCUUUAACUUGUUUGACCUUUUUUAUUAUAUAUAUACCCCCUCUACAAAACCUACCCUACCUUCGGUUUUCUUUUCCUGUUUUAUUUUUAUAUACUUUUGUCUACGACGGCAUGAACGGAGGAAUGGGCGGCAAUUUCUAAUACAGUCUAUGUGAUGAUACUAUCAGCGAAGGAGAGAGAUUUGGCUGUGUC